AUGUAUAAUUUAAAGUAUUUGGAAAUGAAUUAACUGAGAUUUAGAUGUAUUUCCAUGUUCUUACCUGCUCUUACUUUGGAUUUGAUAUUGUGGCUAAAUUCAUUAAAAAAUAGCUUAACUGGUGGCUAUUUAUUCACCAUGGACUAACACUGUUAUUUAUAGCUGUUGCUUUAAGUGAAAAAUAAUCUGGGUGUGAGAAUAUCUACAUUUUAAGAUAUGCCACCUUCUGCAAUGUCCCUAUGA